GUCAAUUCUACAUUUCUACCUGCCUCGUCUCUCUCUCUCUGCAGAAUAACACUGGUCCUCACUCAGUCAUCGACUGACUCAGAGACACGGUUCAUGGGUUUAUCCAAAUGGGUCUUCUUGAUUUUUGCAAUUCACUUGUUUGUGGCAAAACACAUCUCCUCGAAUCCCGUCCUAAGUCCAGAUGAGCUGGCUCAAAUCCCAGUCAACUUCCUUGACGUUGCCAAGAAGCCUGAGAUUCGGGAUUGGAUGAUCGAUAUCAGGAGGAGAAUCCACGAGAAUCCUGAGCUUGGUUUUGAGGAAUUUGAAACCAGUAAGCUUAUCAGAGCCGAACUUGAUCGCCUGGGCAUCUCUUACAACUACCCAGUUGCGGUUACUGGCAUUGUUGGCUUUAUUGGGACCGGUGAACCUCCGUUUGUCGCUAUACGAGCUGAUAUGGACGCUCUAGCUAUGGAGGAGAGAGUAGAAUGGGAGCACAAGAGUAAAGUCCCUGGAAAAAUGCAUGCUUGUGGCCACGAUGCCCAUGUCGCUAUGCUUCUGGGUGCUGCUAAGAUGCUUCAAGAGUAUCGCCACGAGUUACAGGGAACAAUUGUUCUUGUUUUCCAACCAGCUGAGGAAGGAAGUGGGGGAGCAAAGAAAAUGUUAGAAGCGGGAGCGAUAAAGAAUGUCGAUGCCAUUUUUGGGCUCCAUGUGUCUCCUGCUCAUCAUAUUGGUGUGGUGGCCUCUAGACCUGGCCCUACUUUGUCUGGUUCAGGUUUCUUUGAGGCAAUAAUCAGUGGAAAAGGGGGUCAUGCUGCCCUUCCUCAGCAUACAAUAGACCCGAUCUUAGCAGCAUCCAAUGUGAUAGUUAGUCUGCAACAUCUAGUUUCUCGUGAAGCUGAUCCCUUGGAUUCACAGGUAGUUACCAUAGCCAAAUUCCAAGGAGGUGGGGCGUUCAAUGUUAUUCCAGAUUCUGUUACAAUCGGUGGCACAUUUAGGGCAUUUUCGAAGGAAAGCUUUGCCCAACUUAAACAAAGAAUUGAAGAGGUUGUCUCUGCACAAGCCAGUGUACAAAGAUGCAACGCCACCAUCAACUUCAACGCGGACAAUAAAAUAAUUUACCCGACGACUGUGAAUGAUAAAGAUUUGCACGAGUACUUCCAAAUUGUUGCAGGCAACAUGCUAGGUCCUCAAAACGUACGGGAAAUUCAGCCCGUGAUGGGAGCAGAAGACUUCUCAUUUUUCGCAGAGGUUAUCCCCGGAUACUUCUACUUUCUUGGGAUGAAGAACGAAACUCAAGGGCCUCUUGAAUCUGGGCAUUCGCCGUAUUUCAAAGUAAAUGAAGAUGUUCUUCCUUAUGGAGCAGCGCUACAUGCGUCUUUAGCUACUAAAUACCUCCUGCAACAUCAGCCUUCCCCAAAGAGAAGCAUUCAUGAUGAACUUUGAGGUUGGGAAUCGGCUUAGCUUAUGCGAAACUGCGAUCAACCAACGAUUUUCCAGCCAACCAAGCCUGCUCUUGCUCAAAUAUGUAGAAUAUAUCUUGUAUCAAUAUUGCUGAUCUUGUCUUUGUAUCUUAUAAAACUUCAAAAUGACGGCCAAAAUCUGAGCAACUCAAUGUUAUUGGCUUGUUGCAUAUUGAUGAAAGAGCUGUCAUAUGUUACUGUGUUA